ACAGCCGGGACUCUCCUGCAUGAUAAUCCUGCAAUGGGCUUUCGGGCGGGGCUAUAUGAGUCAAUAUAAGAGAGGAGAAGGUCCGGUGGGGGGAGGGAGUAUCUCCUGUGGAUCUGCUGCGACCCUCUGCUCCACCAGUCCAGAUCAGCUGCCUCCUGCCGGGACCACCUCCUCCUCUUCCUCCUCCUCUUCCUCCUCCACCGGGACCAGGACCACGGAUAGCUCCAGGAUGCUCCGCGGGCUGCUGUUUGUCGGCCUGCUGUCCGUCAUUUGUCACGGCCAGGCGUCCCAGGAAGUCUCCGCAGAGGACUUUGGAGUGGACAAACCAGAGCCAGCCGCAGACAGAGACCUGUUAGAAGCACUGGAGGCUGUGCUGGGCAGGAUGCAUAAUCGCAUUUCCUCCACUGAGAAAAGAGGAAGCAUCCCACUGUGUGGGAUGGGUGACCGGUGUGCCAUGAAGUUCGGGCCUCGCAUCGGGAAGCUCUGCGACUGCGGCAGAGGAGCCAACUGCAACUCCUACCUGCUCAAGUGCAUCUGAAGCCCUGAGGAGUUUCCUUUUUCACAAACACAGCAUCACUCCUGCAGGACCAAACAUCCUUUGCAACCUCAGCAGCAACCCUCACUCUCAUCUUAUUGUCAGUCUCUAAUAACAUCAUUUAUAUCCAUUAUGCAUUGUUGUUGUUGUUUUCACAGUUGUUGCCUGAGGAUGAGCAUGGGUUUUGUAUUGCUGACUGUCCUGGUUAUCUACUGUAGCAUGUAAAUGUUUCAUGUUCAAGAAACACAAACAUGUCUUUUUGUUAUUUUAUUUACCCAAAGUUCACUCAUAGUUACGUAGGAUGUCUUGGUCCAUGUUGCUGUCAUUUGUGUUCAAUUGUGUGAAUAAUACUUUGGAAUUUUGCAUCUGUUUAUUCACAUAAAUAAAUCCUUGUAUCAACAA